ACAUAUUUCAUUAGUAUAUCGAUAUUACAUCAUCAUCUUGCCCAGUCCUAGUUAGCAGGGUCUACACUAUUACUGAUACUCAACUUCAAACCAGAAUACGGCCAACUGUUGUGUUCAUGUAACUUAUUCACUGACUACAUGUAUUUAUUAAACAUUAAGAUAAGAUACGAUAAAAUUGAUUGAUUCCCCACACUGGGGAAAUUCCCUCAUUUCAGCAGCUCAAUUACACGCAACAGAUAUACGAAAAAUACACAUUAAAUAGAAACAGAAUAGAAAACUGCCUAAAAAAUAUAAUAUGAAUAGAAAAAUAAGAAUAAGAGUAAUAAUAAUAGUAAUGUAUACACUAUGAACACCUCAUUUUACAGUAUGUGCAGGUGAAUAAGAAUAUAUACAGAUAAGUAACAAAUGGAAUAUUGGACGGGUCACAGUAGAGGGUGAACAACAAAGAGUAAUAAAUGAAUAAAUAUACAUAGUGCAGAAUAUUAUGAACGUGAGAGAUCUGCUUCAUACUGGAAGUGUAGCUACCCUCUUCAUCUUAUGCGUUUCACAGGCUCACAGAGAGAGGAAGAUGAUACCAGCACGAAGCUCCAAGAACGAUGGCAGAGAAAUAGCAAGAAAUAUAGAACCAAAUUUGAGCGUCUCCUCAAAGAUCUUGAACUGGAGAGCCUAGGAAAUGGGAAACUUUUCCUGUGCACAAAGAGUGAUUACGUGAUAGGAAGUGGAGCUGAUGGAACACGAGUAUAUAUUGGAAUGAGGGAUGACGGUACUGAGGUAGCAGUUAAACGAAUGAUCAAGGCUGAACAUCAAAAGCUGAAAGAUGAGACGAGAAUACUGCGAGAUCCAAAGCUGGAGCACAAGAACAUCGUCAAAUAUCUAGAUUUGACUGAAGACCAGGAUUUUGAUUACCUCUGUCUCCAACUCUGUGAGUAUAAUUUUGAAGAAUACAAGAAAGAUCUGGACCAGGAUACUUUGAAGAAAGUGACACAGGAAGUGCUUAUUGGAUUGCAAGCCCUCCACAAUGCUGGUAUCAUCCACCGAGAUAUAAAACCCAGCAAUAUUUUAAUUGAUGUGGAAGGAAACACGAGAUUGGCAGACUUCGGUGUAAGCCGCAUGCUAAACCAAGGUACAAACACGGUGCACACCUUAAGCGCUGAUACUCCAGGCUGGGAGGCAAUGGAGAUCCUGAACAGGAAAGCAGAUUCAACGUGUAGAUACAAAACAAGCACCGACAUUCAGGUGGCUGGAAUGUUGGCGUAUUACAUCCUCUCUGGCGGUAAUCAUCCAUUUGGCACCGGUUCUGAAAUAGAGGAAAAUAUUCGGAAAGGAAAUUACCAACUGGAUAAAAUAACUGAUGUGGAAGCAAAAGAUCUCAUUGAGAAAAUGAUUGCACGUGAACCACAGACCAGACUGAGUGUCAAAGAGGCUGUAGAGCAUCCUUAUUUCUCUGACGAUAAACGGAGAGAUACAUUUUUGAGGAUUGUCGGAGACAAGGAACCCGUCCAGAAUUACAGCAAUGCUACCCCUCAACUUCUUGAAGCUGUGAGAGAAUACACAAAGUUUUCUGUAGUCAGACGACCGACAGCAGCUUAAUAAAGUCGAGGAAUGUGUAAAAGACAUUAGACGGUGGAUGCUUAUUAACUUACUCUUACUUAGAGCGAGUGUAGCUAGAAGUAAUCUUUCUGAUCUCACAGUAACUCUGGAUGUUCUUUCUGUUUCAUCAUGUGCAGCAGUAAAAGACCUUGGUGUGA